AUGGUGGUAAUCGACAACGGUGACGAGUUGGGCCGAAAAAAUGGGGCGAGCAAAAAAGCGACGAGGACGACGACGACGACGACGCCGUCGCCGAUUCUGUGCCUCAUGAAUUGGCACGACGAGAAUUGCCGAAAAUUCAAAUCGUUCAACGUGCCGCGAUUCGCGUCCAAUUAUGAAAUGCAAAAAUCGCGAAAAUCGCGUGUCGACGAUGGCUCGAAUGAAAACCCAACAAGUGGAUUCAUCUCGCCAAUCAUUCCCACAUUGGAGACAACAACGCUAAUUAGUACAGCAGCGGUUCGACGAUUCACGACGAGUAUGCCUAAGACCACAACGACAUUACCCGUGUUCUUUUUGUCGCAAAUCGAGACCGAUGAGGGAUCCGGCGAUGAUUUGUUUGUUGAUGACGCGUUGGGCAUCACGCCGGCGACAAAACCGACGACGAUCGCAUCGACGACAAAAAUUGCCAAACUAACACGCACGACGAUGACGACGACGACGACUACUAAUAAACCAUUGGCGACGACGCGCGUCUCGACGGUCUUGCCGAGACCGUACGAGAGCGUUCUCGAGGCCGCCGAACAGAAUCCCGAUUAUCUAGGCGCGAGCAUUUGGAAUCAGAUCGACGCACUACCGGAGCCGAUGGUGACGGGUCCCGCGUGGCGAACCAACAAAUCGACGACGAGGUCGUCGUUGUCGUCAUCGUCGUCGGCGACGACGACGACGAAAUCGAAGACGAGCGCCUCGUCGGCACGCCGACAAUUUUACGACAGCACACCGGCUAGCCGAGAGCUGAACGCGCUGAUCGCCAGCAGCAUCGCGACGCCUGUCAACGUUCGGCCGAAAGCGACCAACUCGUAUUCGGUGUAUCCGGUUCGACCGACGACUCCUAUGGGAGAGACGAUCACGACGACGAUGCAGACGGCCGCUGUUUCCGAUUUUCCGCGAACCCCGCUGAUCAUGUGCUCGAGUCUGGCGGUGAUUGUCGCCAUCGCCGCCGUCGUGUUCUUCGUGUUCAAAUGCCGCCAAAAUCCGCCGAGCGGUGAUCAUUACACAAUUGCGAUGAAGACGCAAUCGGGUUAUACGGCGAUUGCGCCCGAACUCUCGCCGCCGAUGAAUCACGAUCGAAACAACGAAUCGUGCACACAACCGCUUUUGCAGAAGCCACAGAUCAAUGGAAAUGGCUACGAGCCGUUGAAAGGCUCGGUGAUACCGAAUGGAGGCGCGUCGGCAACGCUGCCACGAAAUGGUAAUGGUGUCGCCAAAAAGAAAGACUUCAAGGAAUGGUAUGUAUGA